UUGAUUGGAACUGGAGACGCAGCGAAAUGUGAUUCGGGUUUGGGUUUCGAUUUGGCCAUGGGGGCGGAUUUUCCAUGGGCUUUGAACCCAAUACUCUCCACCAAAACUCCAAAUUCAUCCAUGGCGGUCGGAGCCAAUAUCGAGAUUCAGCUGGAAACUGUCGAAACACCAGCAGCUUCAACAUCCAUUCCCCGCUGCGGGAGGAGAAAGCCGCCUCCGGCCUCUAAAAAUCCAGGAGCUCCUACGCCUAUUCUCUACCCAACCGCCGAUCUCGCGUACCAACUUGUUCGUCUCGUCGCUAACUUUGGAGGCGAUGCCUCCGGGAAGCCACCGUUGUUUUCCUCGUCGUAUUUUAAGAGGAAGUGCGGUUCCGAGAGUGUAUGGCUCCUCUGGCAAGUGUAG